AUGGCCACUCACUCACCUGUGGAAAAAGAACUCGGCGUGGAUGAGCUUGAGCGCGCAGAUACUCCUCGCAAGGUCUCCAUUGAUAUGUCUGAGAAGAACAACCAUGACCUGGACGAACGAAUCAAUGCCUUCACCCCGGAAGAGCAGAAGAAGAUCAUUAGACGUGUUGACAGACGGCUUGUCCUCACCCUUGGAUUCCUUUACUGUGUAUCUUUGAUGGAUCGCACCAAUUUGGGUAUCGCCGUUGUUGCUGGUAUGGGCGUAGAUCUCGUCCUAAUUGGCAACCGCUACUCAAUCAUCGUCCUAUUAUUUUUCAUAACAUAUGUUGCACUACAACCACCUGCUACUGUCGUCCUUCGAAAACUGGGCCCCAGGAUAUUCUUGCCAACCAUCACACUCCUCUGGGGUCUCACUAUGAUUGCCUUCGGAUUCGUCAAGAAUUGGAGCGACCUGGUCCCCCUCCGACUUGUCCUAGGUAUAUUUGAGGCUGGUUUCUUUCCUGGUUGUGCAUAUCUUCUCAGCUGUUGGUAUCCUCGCUACGAGCUACAAAAACGAAAUGCUGUCUUUUACCUGAUCGGAUCCAUGGCUUCAGCAUUCUCGGGGAUUCUCGCCUACGGUUUCUCUCAGCUCAAGAAUCACGGCAGUGGUCCUGUCUGGUGGGGUCAGCACUAUGGCCCUACAAAAGCAAAUCCGAACAUAAAGCCCGGCAUCCUACCCGGAAUUGCUGGCUGGCGUUGGAUCUUUAUCUUGCAAGGAGUCAUUACUUGUGUCCUAGCACUCGGGUCUUAUUUUUUGAUCGUCGAUUUCCCGGAAUUGUCGGUCAACACCUUCGGUUUCAAGUUCUUAAACCAGAAGGAGGCCGAUUUUAUUGUGGCUCGCAUUGAGAAAGAUCGUCAUGAUGUUGCUGUUGAAAGAUUCAACAUCAAAAAAUACCUUGUCCACGCCUUGGACCUGAAAGUAUGGGGAUUUGCAUCUCUUUUCAUGCUCACUACCACAAACACCUACGCAAUCGCUUACUUCCUCCCUAUCAUUCUGAACUCGGGUAUGGGCUUCAAUGUGGCAGCUUCUCAAUGCCUAGUCGCUCCUCCCUACGUCCUGGCGGCUAUCGUUAUGUACGCCUUUGCCUGGGCUGGAGACAAGUAUCACCUACGCAGUCCCUUCAUUCUCGCCAACGGCUGUCUACUUCUUAUCGGUCUGCCACUUCUUGGUUAUGUCAAGAAUGUUGGAGUUCGAUAUUUUGGAGUCUUCCUCGCAACUACCGCUUGCAACGCCAACGUCCCAUGUGUCCUUACAUGGCAGGCAAACAAUAUCCGUGGUCAGUGGAAACGUGCGCUCUGCUCUGCUACCUUGGUUGGAGCUGGUGGCAUUGGUGGAAUCAUUGGAAGUACUGUCUUCCGUGAGGUAGACAAACCCGCCUAUCAUCCUGGAAUCAUCACCUGCAUGAUCGCAAGCUCUUUGAUUAUCGUUAUUACCCUGGCAAUGGACUACAAGUUCUAUCGCGCCAACAAGAGAGCCGAGGGAGGUGGCAAGCCAAUCGAGGGUCUUCAUGGAUUCAGAUAUACAUACUAA